ACAAGUAGCCCGUGGCAAGCAUUGCAAAAUCGCAAACGCAAACCCUGCUGCUAAAACCCUAAACAAAGUCAAUGCGCGACCAUGGGAAACAAAAACAGAGCUUCUGGAAGUGCCAACAACGCCGCGAAGUCUAGCUUCGUUCCUCAAGAACGAGAUUGCUAUGAGGGGGAGCGUUUAGCUCGUUUGCUCAAACUAAUUAAUGGGGCAAUAGAGUCUGCAAAGCAUCUGGACAGAAACUCGCUGCCUGAGAAAUUUUGGUUCAAGCAACGAUUUGCCAUUGGGGUCAAUGAAGUGACUCGUGUUCUUGAACGGAUGUCGCCUACGUCGGAGAUGGAAGGUUCCGGUCAAAAGCCGCCGCCUCAUAUUAUAUCUACCCAGCGUCGCAACCCGACUGCGGUUCAGCUUCAGGCCAUACUGAUAGCUCAAGAUUGCAACCCAAAAUGGCUAACGAAGCAUCUACCAAGCUUGGCUUCAUCGAGGAAGGUACCAGUGAUCUUUGUCAAAGAUGAGAAAAAGGGAUCCUUGAGAUUAGGUGAACUUGUUAAACUCAAAACAGCAAUCGCCAUUGGAGUAAAGGAUAAGGAAAAUUCUAUAAAUCAAAUUGUUGAGGAAAUUCUUAGCGGUGGCAAUGAAAUGAACGACUGAGACACCAUAUGCUCCCGUAAAUGAGAGCUGUGAUUUGUGCAGGCAUGGUUUUACAUCAGAGCAAAGCAGAAGGGGAGGAGGAAGACAACUGAAUCGUGAAUUGCCAUUGGGAAGGUUGGAUUCCACACAUUUAUAGUUUGGGAGCUCGUGUCCAAGAUGGUGAAAUACGGCUAACCACCAACUUAUGAGCUGAUGGAGUUCAUAACUUACGUUUUCUUGUAGUUAAUACCAAUGGAUUCAAGUGCAUCCUGAACAGAGAAUGCCUUCCAAAUUGAUAUGGAAGUUUUCUAGCCAUAAGAAUUGUAUGGAACCUUCACCAUUUCUUGAUUCUUCUUGAUGGAAUGUAACAGUUAUAACUUACAAGUUUUCCC